AUGUUCUUAUCAGGUAUCGGCAAUGGUGAAAAGCAAAUCGGCAGACGGCGUGCUGUCCCGGUCUUAUACCUCCAGGGAUCGCAUUAUGAAGUCGGCUUCGAUGUGGGACGCAUUUUCUCGUCGAUGAUUAAGAACUUCAUGGCAACAUAUGAAAAUUUGCGAGACUUUGAGAAGGAAUACAAAACCCCAGAUGGACGAAGAGCGUACGACACAACACUCAGCAAUAUGAAGAAAAGAUAUCCGUUCUACGUGAAAGAAAUGCAGGGUAUAGCCGACGGAGCUAACGUAUCAUUCUACCAGUUGUUCCUAUUGCAAAUGGAUGACCUCAUCGGAACUGUGAACGACAACCACAUUCCUAGGGACGACACUGGUGGUUGCAGUUCCGUCGGUUUUAGCACACCGGAGAACUCCAUACUGGGGCACACCGAAGAUGCAUUCAGCGAGACACUCAAUCAUUUCUACAUCAUGUCGGCACACAUAAUUCCAACGCCAGAAGACAGGGAGCAGGGGGCUGUAGAGGAAAGAUUUUCGUCCCUUUGCUAUGCUGGGCAUCUCCCUGGAUACACUAUGGGGUAUAACGGAAAUGGACUCGUGUUUUCCAUCAACACACUCAGUCCUCUGGUAUUGAAGCCUGGUAACACUCCACGAACUUUCAUCACUCGAGCGCUGCUGGCAGCCAAGAGUUUCUACGACGCAGAAAGAAUUUUACUCGACGAAGGUCUUGGAAUCGGCAACGGUUUCUCCGUGAACAUGAUAUGGACUGACUCCUGGGGGGCGAGGCAGCUCUACAACGUAGAAGUAGCUCCGAACCUUAAUGCUAAUAAGUCGUUGUUGAACGUCCACAAGUACGACAAGGAACCUUUGGUUCAUUGCAAUAGAUAUCAAAGAGCAAACGUCACGGAGGUUGUGGGGCCCAUAAUAGACAGUAGCGCUGCCCGUCUGGAGGCCAUCCACGCCCAUCCUCCACCAAAGAACAGGAAAGACAUCGAAGACAUCAUCUCUGAUCAAACUGGAAAGGAAUUCACGGUCUUCCAAGAUCGAGAUACUAUCAUCAAAACUAUUACUGCUGGUGUGUUUGACUUAGCGAAGCGGACUUGGAGUAUCUACAUCAAUAAGCCAAAUGUAUCCGAGCCAGUUGCCAUUUUACCUAUCCGAUUUCCUAUGUUAGAUGAAGCACAGUGA